ACACAACAUUGGUUCUUCUUUCUGGGAGCCACACAUGCUUUAAGUUUAUUUAACAUUUUAUUUUUCUGUAUUCGUCCAAAUAAUAUUUCACGUCUGUUUGAUAUAGAUAACAAACCAGCGUAUCCGGGUGUAUACGAGAUAAGUUGCAUGUUGCGCCCACGACAAAAACAUAAUCUUUAGCAGUCAGAUUCAAGACCCUGAAAGCGUCUGGGGAAGAUAGCUGCUGCUGCCAUGACUACGAACAAUUUAGUUGAGAAGAAACCAUUAAAGCAUUAAAGGUACUUUAAAUUAGUGUUAGACUGGACUGAGAGUCCAGAGAAAGAAAGAGUGCCCAUAGUUAUUUAGUGCUAAGUUCUGCACAGGUUUUAAGAAGAGAAAAAGGAACACAGUUUAAAAUGGGAAACGUAGGUCAAAUCUGGGUUAAAUUAAAAGAUGCCUGGAGUUACAAAACGUAUUUUCCAUCUCCGUAUCUUCUCGCCGAUUUUUCUUACAUUAAUAUUGAUGGAUGAGUCUUAGUUUUAUAAAGGCCACAUUUUUUCUUGUCUAAAAUCAGUAUUCAAGUAGACCAUUGAAACAUUUGGAUCAAUUGGUAUGUCGUUUCUCCAAGGUGUAAUCAAAAAAUGUUCACUGCCAAACUAACAAAAUAAUUAAUUAAUAUUUUCAUACAUAUUUUGAUGGUAUGACCCCUUUAUUUCUUUUUUUUAUAUCCUAUUAUUACCUCAAAUUUGAAGAAGCUACAUGCUAAUGUGGAAUUUGAAGGAAAUGAGCAACAACACAAUGUCACGUUUACUCCUCCUCUGGUUCUGUUUUUACUAAUAAUCAUUUUUAAAAAGCAAACUUUCUUUUAAAUAUGUUAUUUUUUCUUUAUCAGGAAAAUCUAUUUUUCGAGGUUAUCAGCAUGUCAUCUCCUGAGGAGGCUUCCCAGAUGCCUUCAUCCUCAUCCCCUCCUACUAUGCACUUCAUCGGUAAGAAGGAAGACAUCAUGAAGGCUGGUCGUGUGACUAAACAGAUGAACGGAUGCAGAGAUGUGCUGGUCUUGUACCACCAGGGACAGCUUUAUGCCAUGGACAUGCGCUGCUACCAUUCUGGAGGUGCAUUAGAACUUGGAGACAUUGAGGAGUUUAAUGGACGGCUCUGCAUUGUGUGUCCAUGGCACAAGUACAAGAUCACCCUAGCAGAAGGGGAAGGACUUUAUCAAGCUGUGGAUGAUCCUACAGCAAAACCACUGAGGACUCAUUGGCGCUCCAAGGGUGUCAAACAAAGGAUUCAUAAAGUCACUGAAGUCAAUGGGGAUGUAUAUGUAACACUGAAUGAUUCAAAGGAUGCCAUUGAGUCGGAUACCUACCAGACUGAGAGAUUUAGGUCUGUUUCACUUAAAGUACAGACAAAGACCAAAUGCAAGAAAUAGGGAGAUCAUAAAUGAUUCUUUGGUUAGACAACCAAAAACUACCUGAAACAUUUAAGGGAAUAUUCAGGAAUCUUUUUUUUUUUCACCGGAAAGGUCUGAGGGAACAACACAUUUUUUUCAGAGUAACUGUAAAAAACAUAUACUCACAAAAAAAGUAAUUCCAUUUGGGACGCAACAAGAAAACGUGAUUUAAAAAAAAAACUAUUUUAUUGUUGGAUGUUGGAUAAGAGUAAAUGUUAGCCAAGAGUCACGGGAUGAGUGUUUUUUUCACGUGGAUGUCAGUCUGCGUACUUUGUCCACCUAGAGAAGUAUGAUAUUUUGAAAAAAAUAAAUAAAAAAAACUGGAAAGUAUCAGAGCAUAGAGGUACAAAAGGCUUUUAUUUGCCUUCAAGAAACAUCUAAAGUCUCAUUGUUUCCAAAGAUUCUGCAGGUUUUUAAGUAAUGAAUUUUCAUUUUUAGCUGUAAGACAUGCAAACAAUAAACUACAAUGUACUACAUAUGACUAACUUUAACCCUUUUUUUUACCACAAGGACAUUAAAUAGUACUUGUCAUUUUAAUUGAGUGAAAAACCUUUGCGCUUACUUGGUUACAAUCUCCCAACCUAUGAGGUUAACUGUUUCCUUAAAGCAAUAAUGUGCCAAAAAAAAAUCAUCCAUCCAUCCACCCAUCCACCGAGAUACAGCUGGUAUAUUUAUUGUUUGUGUUUUUUUUUAUUUCAUUCUUUUUUAAUAAAUCUUUAUUUUUGGACAAUAUAAUAAUGUGUACUGAUUAAAUAAAUUUGGUUAACUUGAAUGUAUUGAUUUAUACAUGUU